AUGGAUCGAGGAAACUUGGAAGACGCUGCAGAUAACAAAAUUCAUGCCGAAAGGAUUCUUCAUUGUGGUUUUUGCUUCGGAAGAAGAACGGCAAAAGAUACUGGAAGGGGGAUUAUGGACCAUGAUAAUAAGCCGCUGUAUAUCCAAAAAUGGUAUAGGAACUUCAAUCCAUUAAAAAUGGAGCCCUAUGAGAAGCCAAGAUGGAUUCGAUUGAAUAAUCUGCCAAUGGAAUAUUGGUCGGAAGAAGCCUUAGAAAAGAUAGGCAGAUCAAUGGGAACCCUAAUGGAGAUAGACGCAAAAAUUGCGACUAGAAAUGUGUAUUUAUAUGCAAGGAUGAAAUUAGCGGCAGUCAGGAGAAUUCCACAAUUGAUAAAAUUGAGAAGUCAUGAUAUGGAAUGGUUACAAGCGAUCGAAAUAGAGGAGGAGAAAUAUUUUUGCUCUAUAUGCGAAAGAAGAAACCAUGAUUCAGAUAAGUGCAGAAAUAACAAAAAUGAGAAAAAGGUUUGGAGGGUAAAACAAGCAGCGGGAAAUAAAAAGUCAGAAGAGCUACUUCAAAUAAUAGUUAGAGAACAAGUUAAUGAAAAUCUUGAUAAGAAACAGAGUGGGGUGAGCCAGGAGGCGGAGGGAAAUAAAAAAAAGGAUCUUGAAGAGAAGGCAUGUAAUUUAGAGUCAAAUUGUCAAAGUGAUAUCGGGUUGGAGGUGUAG